UUGACGUCAGCCACGUCAGAUUUCAGAACUCCAAGAUGGCGGAGGUGAGCGGGCUGAGGAGCAGAAAUCACUUGGACCCCAACCGCAAAAACCGAGGCGUAGAUGAAGGCUUGAGUGGUGUUGCAGAUGUCCCCAUUAUUUGGCAAAAGAAGAAGCCCCCGUUAGCCAGGCCUGAAGACCUGGAGGAUGAGUUGCUGCCUCAGACCAUGACUUCAAACUUUGGCAAAAAUGAGAGCCUCACCCCGUCACCAGAUGAAGGGAUUGAUGAAGAGGAGGCUGCAGAAGAGGAAGAUAAGGCCCGGCCCAUUCAGAUUGUCUUGGCCAAGGAGGACGAGCACAGUUUUGAGUUGGAUGCUGCCGCGCUGGAGAAGGUCCUGCUGCAGGAUCACGUGAAGGACCUGAAUGUGGUGGUUGUGUCUGUAGCCGGGGCCUUUCGCAAGGGCAAGUCCUUCCUGCUGGACUUCAUGCUACGCUACAUGCACAGUCAGAACAACUCGUGGAUGGGAGGCGAUAGCGAUCCCUUGACUGGGUUCAAAUGGCGGGGAGGCUGUGAGAGGGAGACCACAGGAAUUCAGGUCUGGAGCGAAGUGUUUGUGGUCAACAAACCUGAUGGCAGCAAGGUUGCUGUUCUCCUCGUUGACACUCAGGGAGCAUUUGACAGCCAAUCCACCAUAAAGGACUGUGCUACUGUUUUUGCCCUCAGCACGAUGACCAGCUCUGUGCAGGUGUACAAUCUCUCCCAGAACAUACAGGAGGACGAUCUGCAGCACCUGCAGCUCUUCACAGAAUAUGGGCGGCUGGCAAUGGAGGAGAUCUAUCUGAAACCUUUUCAAUCCUUAAUGUUCCUGAUUCGGGACUGGAGUUAUCCCUAUGAACAUUAUUAUGGACUAGAAGGAGGGAACACUUUCCUGGAGAGAAGACUGCAGGUUAAACAGAACCAACAUGAGGAGCUGCAGAAUGUGAGGAAGCACAUUCACUCCUGCUUCUCCAACAUCAGCUGCUUCCUGCUGCCACAUCCUGGUCUUAAGGUGGCCACCAACCCAUACUUUGAUGGCAGGCUGAAGGACAUUGAUGAUGAUUUUAAAAGAGAGUUGGCCAAGCUGGUGCCUCUCCUCCUGGCUCCAGACCGACUGGUUGAGAAGGAGAUUGGCGGGAACAAAGUCACCUGCAGGGAUCUUCUGGAGUACUUCAAGGCCUAUAUAAAGAUAUACCAAGGUGAGGAGCUGCCUCACCCAAAGUCCAUGCUGCAGGCGACGGCAGAGGCCAACAAUUUGACUGCUGUGGCAGGAGCCAAAGACUUGUACAGCAAGAACAUGGAGCAGAUCUGCGGAGGGGACAAGCCCUACAUCGCUCCGGCCGACCUGGAGCGCUGCCACGAGGAGUUCCGCGAGCACUCGGUCCGUUUCUUUUGCUCUGUGAAGAAAAUGGGCGGCGAUGAGUUUUGUCAGCGCUACCAGAACCAGCUGGAGGCUGAACUGGACCAUGCCUUCACCAACUUCUCCAAACACAACGAUGGCAAAAACAUCUUCUACGCAGCACGCACACCAGCCACGCUCUUUGCUGUCAUGUUCGUCACGUAUGUGGUGUCCGGAGUGACGGGCUUCAUUGGUCCGAGCAUCUUAGCAGCGCUGGCUAACAUGAUCAUGGGUUUGGCGCUGCUGUCGCUCUGCAUUUGGGCUUAUGUGAAGUAUUCUGGAGAGUUCCGGGAGGUGGGAGUGCUGAUAGACCAGGUGGCGGAAAUGCUCUGGGAACAGGUUUUGAAGCCACUAAGUGAACAUUAUAUGGAGGACAACGUCAGACAGACGGUGGUUAACUCUAUCAAAGCCAGCUUGACAGAACAGGGCUCACAGCACACCAAGUUAAAGACUCACUGACACUCUUCCUCCUCAUCACCCCCAACAUGUUCAUCACUCUCCUCCCUACUCGCUGUCCAAUCCUAGAACUGUGAAACUAGUUCAACACCAAAGCUGACCUUCUUUUUGUUUACUCCCCCUUUCCCUCCACCAUCAUCACACUGCUUUCCCAUCUGUUUGCCUGUCAUGGACCUGUAGGCUUACAGUCUGCUGUGCAUCUUCAUCGCCCCCCAGUGCCUCACUUCACACACUGCAUGUUUGUGAGAGGGUCGAGCAGAGAAGCCUCUUGCCAAAACCUCGGGUGAUCCUCGGGUGUGCCAUGCUGUGACACACACACAUCUUUGCUGGUAGUGGACUGCUCUCCCUUUGGGACUGCGCUACAAUUCAGGGAAAACUGACGCUGCUGUGGGCAGCUGCUAACAACACCAGAUGCAGACUGAAUCACUUCAAAGUGUGUGUAUUCAUUCUCUUACAGACCAGACACUUCUGCUGUGGAUUGAUAAGGACAUUUUCCUGUGAGCACAGCUGAAUAAUCUACUUAGAAAACUAUUGAUGAGGUGAUUCUUGGAUUUGAUUUAGCUUAAGUCCAGCUUAUCUAGAACUGGAUUCUAAAGCAUGAAAUCAAGUCAAGCUUUUUUUUCCCCUGUUUGCUGCCAUUCCCAGGUUACAUUUGUAUAAACAAACUCUGGGCUCAGGUUGCUUCUAGAUAAGAUGUCCACACGUCUCUGUCACUUUAAUCUUUAUGUUGACCGAAGAGCUGGAGGAAGGCGCCAUUUUCUCAGCUAUUUUUUUUUUUUUUUUAAUUGUAGAAACUUAUGAGGAAUUUAAAACAGACUUCAGUGUCUCAUAGUGGACCUGUCAUUGUUUAGCCCUCUGCAUGCUAUUAAGAGCUUUUAGAGCCCAGACAUAGACACGUUCAUUUUUAAAUAAGUAUUUCAUCCUCUGCCUUCCCUUAAAGCUGCAGCAGUACUGGAUGCUUGCAGCGUUAGAAGCUGCAUGGCCGAUUUCUGCUUUGGGAGUUUCAGCUCGGAUUUAGGUCAUUGGUGGUUUGAUCCUUAGAGAUGAAACUGGGGGGACAUUUAGCUACACAUCCCUGACUCUAAAGCCCAACCAUCACUACAAGCUGAGCUUUAGAGAUCCAGGUAAGCAGUUUUACUUCAGUGUAGCCAUUUUCCUCUGUUUCCAGUCUUGUUUCUUACCACCUGUUGGUUGUAGCUUUAUCUUAAACUGACAGAUCUGGGAGUGAUAGCAGUUCAUCUCAACUCUGCAGCUGCUGUAUUAUUUGCUUGAUCUCACGUGUAAUUUAAUCGUCUGCUGACAGUUUCUCCAUCCGAGCUGGAUCCCCCAGAAGCAGCUGAAUACAAAGUAUUUUACAACCCAGAAAGAACCUGACUGAAGAAAUCUGUAGAGUUUUAGCUUAUUACUCUCAUUCUUGCAUCUGUCUGAGCUGUUUUGCAUCAAUUCCAUCCAUGAUUUCUCACCUCAAGCGCCAGUCUCAUACUGUACAGUCUGUUUGCGUGCUCUUAUUACAAAUCAGACAUGUAUGUUGAUUAAGUAUUUAAAUAAAUUUUGUAUGCAUUUUAUAGAGAAUCGGUUGACAAUGGCUGUUUUGUUUUCUUCACCUGAUCAACUUACCAGUCUGUGUUUUGUUAAAGAAUAAGUCGCUGCUGUAGGUUUACUUUCUCCUGACGAGAACAGAUAAGAGACGCAUGGAGUGAUUACUUGUAUCCUGAUAGGUUUUUCUUCAGUUGGAGAUAAUUACUGUCUGCCUUUUAAAAAUUGUCUCUGGUAAUUUAUUUUUGAAUAAAAUCUUUCCUUAAAGAAUAAAUCAUGA